CGCUAUCGCCGACCUCGCCCAAGGACAUCUCUUCCGGUCAAAACCCAAUCUCAAUACAGUUUGACCUCCACAUAGACGAGCCCGGGAAGCCUCGCAAUCAGACUGCAGAACGCACUAUUUCCGUAGUGAUGCAGCCCUCGCAAUCUUCUACUCUUUCUCUGCCUCUCAUUCUCGCAGUUAAUCUUCCAGUUACUACCAUUUUUGUUUGUGUUUAGGGCAAACUGUGGAAUUGGAGAUCAAGAUAUAUCUGUUCCCGUCAUAGAGACUCGAAAAUAUACAAACAUGCUUGCAAAAUACUUAAAGCUCAUCCGUUUGCGAAAGAAUAGACCCUGGUACAAUGGCCCUCAGGUAAUGCCUACCACAUUUUGCUAGUGUGAUUGGUGCCAUGUUUAUUUUUUAGUCUAUUUGUAUGUACUCCGUAUAUCAUAUCAUCUUCCUCAACCUUUAAAAUUGUUUACUUCUUUCAACUAUGAACAAACCGCCCAUUCAAUUUCCAUAUUGAAGAAAACUUCGUGAUAGGGAUGGCGCCCGUCGGGUGGAAUGCCUGAUCGUAUCGGUCAGAUCACUAGUCCCCAUUGCGUACACUUUUUCUCAUAUGUUGGACCAAGGCCACCUCUGUUGAACUACAAUUUCCACUCCGUCAUAUCACAUUCUCAAUUAUGGUGGAUCCAAGGCAACCUCUUUGGAGUCAUCUUGGUUUUUUCUAUAUUUCUUCUAAGUGAGCUGGGCAGUCCGAGGCGUCUCGUGACUUUGGGUAUUGCCGGCGCAUUUGCCUGGAAGAGGUGGCUCAGGCUCUUCGCGGGAUGCGUAAUGGGAGAGCUUUGGGACCAGAUGAGAUUCCGAUGGAGUUUUGGAAGCAUGCGGGUCGUGGUGGGUGGGUUUGGUUAACCAAACUCUUUAAUGUUAUCUUCCGGACAGCUAGGAUGCCUGAUGAGUGGAGGGAGAGUCUCUUGGUCCCUCUGUUUAAAGGUAAGGGUGACAUUCAGAGCUGCGAGAAUUACAGAGGCAUCAAACUGCUUAGCCACACCACGAAGGUUUGGGAGCGAGUCAUUGAGUAUAGGGAGCGGAAAGGGGUAUGCAUUUCUGAGAACCAGUUUUGUUUCAUGCCUGGCAGAAUUCACCUCGUGCGGAGGUUAAUGGAAGAGUAUAGGGCUAGGAAGAAGGACCUUCAUAUGGUGUUUAUUGAUCUUGAGAAGGCGUACGAUAGGGUGCCAAGGGAGGGGUCUACCCUUAGCCCUUUUUUGUUCGCCUUGGUGAUGGACGUCUUGACACAAGGUGUUCAAGAAGGGGUCCCAUGGUGCAUGCUUUUUGCGGAAGAUAUUGUGCUUAUCGACGACACGCGUGAGGGACUAAACGAUAAGUUGGAACUAUGGUGCCUUGCCCUUGAGACCAAAGGAUUCAGAAUAAGUAAGAAUAAGGCUGAAUACAUGGAAUGUCGUUUCAGCAGUUGGGAAAUGGAAUCAGAAGUGGAAGUUAGGAUUGACUCUCACCUAGUGCCUAAGGUAGACAAGUUUCGAUAUCUUGGCUCGGUAAUUCAGGCUGAUGGGGAGUUAGACGGGGAUGUUGGACAUCGUGUUGGAGUGGCUUGGGCCAAAUGGCAGUUGGCUUCAGGGGUGUUGUGUGAUCCGAAGAUUUCGCCCAAGAUGAAAAGUAAGUUCUACCGGUCCGUAGUCAGACCUGCUAUGUUAUAUGGGGCAGAAUGUUGGGCGGUUAAGAAGACUCAUGUGCGUCGUCUACAUGCGGCGGAGAUGCGGAUGUUACGAUGGAUGUGUGGGAAACAAGGUUGGAUAGGAUUUCGAACGAUUUUAUCCGACAUCAGUUAGGCAUGGCGCCGGUGGAAGAGAAGUUGCAGGAAGCGAGGUUGAGAUGAUUUGGUCAUGUGAGACGGCGGAAUGCUGACGCCCCUGUACGGAGAUGCGAGAGGAUUACAGUUGUCGGGGGAAGUAGGGGAAGGGGUAGACCUAGGCAGAAUUGGAAAGAGUUGGAGCCGGGGGUCUUUUGGAAACAGCCUCCCUAUUUCCGAGUAGGGGCAAUGUCAGCGUACAUACACCCUCCCCAGACCCUACUGUAGUGGGAUUCAACUGGGUUGUUGUUGUUGUUUGUGUACACAUGUGUAUGAUAUUUAGAUGUUUUAUACAUUGAUAAUUUAACGUAGCGAAUUUAAUACAUAUUUCAUUUACUA